AUUUUCAUAUUUUUGAUUCACUUAUUUCUUGCCUCAUGUUUUUAGAUGUUCCAGAUAGAAAUUCACAAGUUCCUAAAUUUGAUCCAGUUCCAGAUAGAAAUUCACAACAAGUUCCUAUGUUCGAUCCAUACAAAAUGUAUCAACAGCAAUGUAAAGAAACAGAAGAAUUGAAAAAGCAAGUAGAAGUUCAAAAUUUUCAAAUACAAAAUAUCGAAAGAAAGAUGCAAUCUCAACAUCAGAAAUUGCAGAACCAAAUCAAGAAUGAUUCACCAUCAAUUCCUUCUAAAGUAAAAUUGAAAUCAGAACUAGCGGAAGACCUGAAGAUGGAGUUGCAAGAGCACAGCCUUCAGAUUGAGAAUGUUGAAAAAAACUUAACAACAGAAUUUUUACAAUUAAAGAAAAGAGUAGAAGAGGAAUAUUUUGUUUAUCUUGUACGUGAAUCUGAAAAAUUGAAGGAGUUUGAAAAACAAUUGAAAGCACAAAAAUCACAUAGUCACAGUAUUGAAAGUAGAAUGCAAUCACAGCUUCAGAAAUUACAAAAUAAAGUAGAUGCUAUUAAUAUACAAAAUCUAGCUGACAAGAUGGUCGAGCAGUUAGUAUCCAGAAACUUGAUUAAUAUCCCUCAAGUCUUAUCAACUUCCAACGAUGAUGAACGUUAUGUACCUCCCCACCGAAGAACACAACAGUCGAAUGAACAGAUGUCAUGCUCGUCAACUAAUUCUUCAAGAACUGGAACACCAAAAUCUGGUAAAAAAAAGAAGAAAGCAAAAACUGAACCUGAAAACUCUGGAUCAAUUACAUCUGUAAUGAGAAAUCAAUGAAACAAUAUUGAAUUGAUAUUCAAUAUAAAAUACUGAAUUGUAUAUUCAGCAUUUUGUACAAUAUACAACAGUAUACAAAACUUUAAAACACAAACAGAGUUUUUUUUAAAGCGUUGUUCAAUGUGAAAAAAGUGACGCCUUUAAUGUAAAAUUGUUUGAACUUUCUUUAAUUAGAUACCAGCUAAAGAUUUAUAUAUUCAUAGCUGAAUUUCAAUUUAAUUUUGUUUAAAGUUUUAAUGGUUUCUCUGGGAUUGGGUCUAAAACUGUUAAAAACUUAAGGUGAUAGAAUUACAAAAUACAUGUAAAGUAUUUUAGAGCACAUUGAAAAUGCAAAAUUAAUAUAUAGAUGCUAACAUAUGCUAAUGUAUAACAACACUAAGGUUUAAUUAAUGUAGAAAUUAGUUUUAAGUAAAAGAAAAAAAUUUCAUUUUUUAUUCCUAUUUUCUUUUAUUUGACAGUUUUCAUCUUCUUUAAAUACACUCAAUGAAAUAAAAAAUAGAGUGCACUUUGUAAGUCUAACAUUUGCAUGAAAUACAAAUUAAAACAUUGGAUAAAUUUAUAAACAAAAUCGUCAGAUAAAAAAAAAAAUUAUAAAUUUUAUUGUAUUAAAGGAUUUUGAGAAAUCUGUGCUUUUAUUAAUUUUCAUUUUUAUGAAAGGGAAUGCUGGCAUAAAAUUAUAUUAGAAUAUUCAAAUUUCUUUUUCUAUUAUGGCCUUCUUUAAAGUAACUUGACAACUAUCUAUUAGCAAAUUUUUUGGUUUUUUUUCUUCAUGACAUCUUUUCUUUUCAACAUAAGUUUCUCAUAGUAUUUAAUAUUUUAUGCUAAUUAAAAUAUAAAUAAUGAUAUUUAUACUAAUACAUAAAUGUUUUUUAUUAAAAUUUUAGAAAUGGAAGUUUUAUAAAAUAUAUAUAAAACAUCAAAAACUGACGAGAAUUGCCAAUCCUGGUAUAUACUAGUUAAAAAACCUGUAAUUAUUUUUUAUGCUCAAUAAUUUAACGGUACGGAAUUGUAAUAAGCAACCUGCUAGAAAUCCUGACAAUCAGGUAACGACUAUGUAAAUUUUUAGCACAAAUAUUAAAGCUAUUUUUGAAAAUGGUCCAAGGAAAAUACCCCAUGAAAACUUUUUACUGUAUGUUUUAAUUUGAGUAAAUGAGUUUUAAAAUUAAAAUUGAUGUCUAUUGUCCCAUCUUAAGUGUCAUGUGAUUUUGAAAAUAAUUCGAAAUAACUGUUGUUGAAUUUUUGAAGGAUUGUUAAAUUAUUGAAUAGUUAUUGCAAUCAAAUCUCCUUGUAUAUUUUAUGUGUCUUGUGAUAUUAUUGUAUAUUUAUUUAUUAUAAAGAUUUCCCAAAAUAGUGUACGUGAUAUAUAAAAGAUUUCCCAAAAUAGUGUACGUGAUAACUAAAUAAGAUGUUAAGUUUCACGACCCUAUAAUUUAUUGUUGGAAAAUAAAGACAAAAAUUAUCUUGACAGACAUGUUUGUGUUUUUUAAAUGGAACUUAGGCUUAUCUUUAGAUAGUUUCUUAGUAAAAAAAAUGGUUUAUCAGUUUAUGAUCACAUACAGUCUGAGAAAAAAUAAAUUUCCUUACUUCUCCA